UGGAUCUCCACGUCAGCUCACGUCUCAAAAUUUCUGCUCGGCGGAUCUGCUUCAAAGCCACUGAAGCUGAAGCAGUUCUGUACUACGAUGCGAGGCAGUACUAUGUUUGUGGCGUGCCCAACCAAGUGUCAUGAUGGAUUUUGAUGAGCGGGUACCCGUUGGGUCCAACAUGUAUUUGCCCGGCUGUACUUAUUACGUGUCUGGAACGGAAUUUUCCAGCCUUCCUCCUUUUCUGCCCCAGACCCCGUCUUCGUGCCCCAUGACAUACUCAUACUCCACGUCCAGUUUGCCACAAGUUCAGAGCGUUAGAGAGGUAUCUUUCAGGGACUAUGCCAUUGACACGUCCAGUAAGUGGCACUCCAGGGGCAAUCUGCCACACUGCUACGCGACCGAGGACAUGGUGCACAGGGACUGCCUGUCCAAUCCUGGAACUCUGGGGGACAUGUUAUCGAAAAAUAACUCGGUUCUGUACCACUCCAACACGAGCCACACGUCCAACGUGUACGGCAGCGUAGGAAGGAACGGCGUGCUUCCCCAAGCAUUCGACCAGUUUUUCGAGACUGCGUACGGGAGCGCAGAAAACCAGCCGAGCGAUCACCCGGUGGACAGAGCAACCAGCAAGGCGCCUCCACCCGCGGAAACAGGCAGCGACAGUUGUCGGGGAACGGACGAGACAGAGCGCUGUGAAGAGACGAGCAGCCCCGAGCCAUCUUCCGGUAACAACGAAGAGAAAUUCAGCGGCAGCAGUAAUGGACAGAAGACGCGGAAAAAGAGAUGUCCUUACACAAAAUAUCAGAUCAGAGAGCUGGAGAGAGAAUUUUUCUUCAGUGUUUACAUCAACAAAGAAAAAAGGCUACAGCUUUCCAGAAUGCUCAACCUCACCGACCGUCAGGUCAAAAUAUGGUUUCAAAACAGAAGAAUGAAAGAAAAAAAACUAAACAGAGACCGUUUGCAGUAUUACACCACGAACCCUUUGCUUUAAUUGCUUUAAUCGCCUAAUGCUGAGAAAUCAUUUAGGCGAGAUGGUUAAUUUCAAGUUCGUGGAUGCACAUUCCGGCUCCCAGAGGCUGCUGCGAGACGAGAUGUGACCUUCAUUCCUCCGAGAGACUUUUUUUCAUCGAUAUAAACAAAUUUAUAUUCUCAGUAAUCUCUGCCGUUUGAAAUUAAAACUAUUAUUAUUAUUAUUGUUGUUGUUGUUAUUAUUAUUAUUACUGGUAUUGUCUUUUGUUAUUAUUAUUUUUCCAUUCUAUUCAGUUAACUGGCUAAUCAGUUUACAGGGAUUUUGUUUUUGUUAUUACUAUUAUCUGACCAAGAUCUGUACUUUUCGCAUAUGUCAUACAACAGUAAGUAAGCUAUAGGCUAUUCUUGAAAUCCAUUUUGGUGGGAUAAAAAAAAAUUCUGGGGAGGGCGAGAUAUAAAUACUAGUGUGAAAGAAGGUGGUUUUUGAUCUGUUAAAUACUGCUCCUUGUGAUUUAUAUUAUUAGACUUUGUUUCAUUGAAUAACGCACAUUUCAUGAAUAUAGCCUAAGCUUAUUGAGAACUAAAUGCAUCAUGCGCGCUAUAUUCUCUUAUACUUGAAUUGUGUGGAUUUAAAGUGUAUGUUUGAUAUUAGGUGUCUUUACUGCGCAUUCUCCAGUAAAAUCGGGUGGCUUAACAAGUGUGUUCAGAAAUGUCCAAAAAAGGAGAGAAAUUCUUAUUUAUUUUUAACGGACAUUGGGUAUUAAGGCAAAAGCAAUAACUGAACCAGCAUGGACACAGCUUGAGUCAUCUGAAACCCCGAACCUGAAUUGUAUUUUCCUUUUCUGCGUUUCUCCACCUUUUCUCUAAAACGCGUGAAACUGUAUAUCGAUGUUGCAGGAGCUCAUUCAUGUUCAUGAUAAUCUCUCAUGUUUAUAACAUCUCUUCAGUGUUAUAUA